GCCGAAGUCAAUCCCUUCUCCUCCCCGAGGGGACGUUAUCGGUCGCUUCGUUCCCUUGUUUACUGAACUCUUUUCAGGAGAUAGGUCUACCUCAUCUGCUUGUAAAUUCAUUGUGUAAAAUAACUCGUAAAUUCAUUGUGCCAGAAUUGAUCACUGAUCAGGUGUGAUCAGUCUCAUCCGUCUAAGAGACUGAUCCGGUGCGAUGAGUCUAUUCCGUGUAAUAUUUUGGAAUUCCUCUUCCAACUCGUCCCGGAAUGGGCGUUAUGGCAAAGAACAAGAAGAAAAAGAAAGAAGAAAUUUGUCCAAUAGUAACAAAUGGUGCCUCCACAGGUUGACAUCCGAUCCAACCUAGUAGUAAGCAAUCCGCCAAAAGCAACCAAAAUAUUCCUUGGUGAAUCGGUCGAAAACUUGAACUACGCACAUACAUUUCUUUAAAAAAAGGUAAAGCCAAGAGAGAUAUAAAAACUGGUGCUAUUGCGGCUACACCCCCCGCUUUGUCAGGUAUACUGCGAAGAAUGGCAUGGAUCGGUAGGAAAUACCAUUCCGGCACAAUAUGAGGCGGGGUGGGCAUCGGAUUAGCAGGUAUAUAAUUGUCGGGAUGCCCCAAAACAUUUGGAGCAAAAAAAAUCCAAAUGGAAAAAAAGAUAGCAGAAGCUACCCGACCUACAAGAUCCUUUACAUAAAAAUAAGGGUAAGAAGCAAUUUUAUCCAUCUCAGAAUGUACACCCAAUGGAUUAUUUGAUCCAUAUUGAUGCAAUGCAGCCAGAUGAAGAAGACUGGCGCCUGCUAAAAUAAGGGGGAGUAAAUGAUGGAGACAAAAAAACGAUUUAAGGUGGCAUUGUCCACGGAGAAACCACCCCAAAGCCAAGUCACUAUGGUAUCUCCUACUACUGGUAUGGCGCUAGCUAAGCUUGUAAUUACUGUUGCUCCCCAAAAGCUCAUCUGACCCCAAGGUGGUACGUAUCCUAUAAAAGCUGUCACAAUCAUUAAUAGGAAUAUGACAACUCCGAGACACCAAACAAAUUCCCUAGGACUGCUAUAACUCGCAUGAUAUAGACCACGAAAAAUAUGAAGGUGAACCACAAUGAGAAACAUACUUGCCCCAUUAGCAUGCAUAUAACGGAGCAACCAGCCCCCUUCAACAUCUCUCAUAAUGUGUUCUACGCUGUUGAAAGCUAGAUCCACAUGAGGUGUGUAAUGCAUAGCUAAAAAAACGCCAGUCACUAUCUGAAUGACUAAACAAAUACCAGCUAACGAACCGAACCCCCACCAAUAACUAAGAUUGCUCGGGGUUGGAUAAUCUAUUAAAUGCUGGUUAAGUGUGGAGUAUAUAGGUUGUUUAAGAAGAGAGAAUCGUUGGUUCCUUAUAGUCAUUUCUCUUUUCUAUCGUGACAACUCCUCUUCCCCCUUAUUUUAUUUACCCCCUUGCCUUGAUGCUUCGCAGCGCCCUGAAUAAGAAAAAAGCUGCAUGAGAAGAUUCAUCCCAUUUUGGUUUGGCGAGAGGGAGGCAGCGAAUCACCUGGGCUACGGAUUUGUUGGUUAGUUGAUUCUCGAAAUCAGGUCAUUCGGAAAAAAAAACUGCCGCUUUGGUUUCUUAAGGCUUCAAACGAACGACUAGUCAUUUUUGAUGAUGAAAUCAAAGUCUAUUUUUGACCUUUCAUGAAGAAGCCUGCGUGCAAACUACCUAGCCCUUUUCAAAAGAACGUCGAUUUCCAUCUCAACAAAGAAAGAACUCAAAAUAAAUGAAAGCAAGAUUGCUUGUUGUCCUAUUACUCUUUUUGUCAGCCUUGUGGAGCUUUGGAAAGGAGAGAAUUUGAAUAAAGUAACUCUCGGAAACUCUUAUUGGACGAGAGAGAGUCAAUAUGAUAUUGGGCGUGGGUUUUUCCAACGAAACGACGAGUGAGAAAGAUAAAGAACGCGACGUGGUUCAUUGAAGUAGAGGUUUGACCGAGGAUUGGGUGUCCUACGCUACUUCCGUUCAUGUUCAAAAAAAAGAUAAUUUAAAAGACCUUGGAAAAACCAACGAAACGAAGAAGUUUAGGAUUGUCUUUUUCAUGCGGAACCCUCUCCGUAUUAGUAAGCGGGCCCUCCUUUACGCGAUCGUUACUGUCCGCAUCCUCUUGCUUGAUUUCCUGUGCAUAUUCCUUUUUCUAAACAUACUUGAUCCAAAGACUUGAUCAGGCAGUAUCAAAUGAUAGGUGGCACGCAUAAACUUAUCUUGUAAGUUAUCCAGAUGCCUUGCUAGCUUGUAUUUGUGAAGGAUAUGUUAAUCUAGGUCAAAGAUACUUGUUCUCGAUGAGUGAAGAUUCUGGUAUUACGCCUCGAAUGGAGCAUUACGAGUGCAUGAUUGAGUUGUUUAGUAAGCAUGGUUGAUUUAGAAUCAUAGCCAAACCUUAAGGGUUGUAUUCCCCAUAAACUUCUAGUUAUUCUCCAGUAUGAAAGGUUCUAGUGACAUUGCUGCUAUUGCUGGAAGUCCAGUUUCAUUUUGGCUGGGAGUUCUCUGUCAGCUAGUGGGAGUCCCGCUAUUCUCAUUGUAGGCGUAGUUGCUUCUUUCAUCCAGCCCAGCACGCCAUAUAAUCCCUUUUCCAUGCCCGUGCUUUUACCUCUUUCUACGCAUGUCGAUCCAAAGGAAGCCAUUUAGAUCUGAGUUAAGGAAGGAAGUGAAUUUAAGCAAGAGAGCGAUAGGAUAGAUAUAAAGCUUAGACCAAUAGGCAUCUUAGGUUUUUAGGAAAAAAAGUAUAUUAGUAUACUACCUCUUGGAGUUUCAGUUGCUAUCCAUUCUGUUUGAGUGCCAUAUAGCUUUUCCUAUUCAGUUCUAGAACUAGUGGUUACAGCGAAUGAGCAAUCUUGUGUAUAUCCAAGGUAAAGGGCAAGAGACUCUGUCAAUUCAUCCAAUGAGUAAGCAGGACAGUGAAGUUAGAAAUCCUUUAAGUCCCUCUUGAAUUUAAGUAAACUCCGGCCCUCACCUCAAAAGUAAACAAGUUUUCAAGGGUAGGGGUAGCGUUUACUAGCCAGCAAGUAAGAUAACAAAGCUCUUUUUUUCAAUAAGAAAAAGUAGUAGUUUUCCGGGUCUCAAUGGAGGAGAACUUUCCUGUUCAUCCUACACUACAGCAUAGGCAAGAUCUCAUCCUUCGGCGAAUCUAGGGGCUCAGAAGAGUGUCACCAACGACGUCGGUGGGCCAGGCCAAAGAAAGACUGUCUCUUUAACGACGUGGUCACGGGGAUACGAUCCGACAAGAGAGAUGCUGAAGAAUAUGCCCUCCUCAAGGGGUCAAGCACUCGAUCAGAACUAAACCAUCCUGCGGCACUCACAGCAUGAGCACACAGGGCAAGAUAAAGAGAAGGAUAAACGCUAAAGAGAUCGUCAACUUCACCUUGGCAUGCUUCCAUCAGUGCCUCAAAACAUUUGCUAUUCUUAUCUCUAGAAGGGUGCUUCUAUUGUUGUAGUGUUUCUAGCGAAAGAAGUCCCACGCCAGCAGCCUGCCAGAACCAUUAAUACAGGGUUUGAUCCACUGAACACUUGUUUUUAUCUACGAAGAGCUGAGUUGGCACCUCGAGGUGUCGACUCAGCUAUUUGCCGAGAAAUAAGCACAGCCUGCCUUCUACCCAUUAUGUCGACGAUUAGGUAGAGCUCUUACGGGGGCUAGGUUACCAGGAUACGACCGUUCCGCAAUAGAACAUGGCACUAAUGUAUCCCCUAAGGUCCCAGCACCUUUUGAUCAAUACCGAAAUCAUAACAUUUCUAUAUGAUAAUUUGAGAUUGCUCUACCAGACCUGACUACCAAGAUUGACCUCUCCAUGCUCGUCAUUUCUAGUGCUUGCACAACCUCCUGGCGCCUUAUUUACUGACAAUUCCCCGGGUGUAAGCCAGCACUUGCAAAUGUCUUUUAUUUCAUUAAAAAACUCCGCUUUGUCGACAUCGUCUUUUCCAAACAUUCGAGGUCUUAGUUGCAAGUAUGAUAAAUGUUGGUUUUGGUUAUAAAAAUGAAACAUUCAGGAACAAAUAAGCCUUUACUUAAUUCACGCUCCGCCCUCAACUCAAAGUGCCAAUUUAAAAGCGAACAGCUAGAAGCUCCCGCAUCAGAAGCUAGAAUUGACGCCACGGCAUAAGGCAUCGCCUCCAUGCUAUGUGCACACGGCCCCGAAGUGGAAUGGCUAAUUUGCACAAUCUGGGAAGCCCGGCCUUCUCCCUCUCAGUUCCUCCGCAAUCGACUUACCAGAAAUCGUCGUGGCAACUCCACUUCAACCCCCACUCUUUCCCGGUGCCUAUACUUAGCCCUUUGAAAAGUCUUCCAGUACCUCCCGCGUGGCAGCCCGUCAGAAGCAUGCCUCAUAAGAAUCUUUGUGGCGACGGUCGAAGCCUCCUCACUCAACUUCUGAAUCAAACCACCUUCCGGCUUCGUACUACUACUACCUCCUAGGUCGUCGUUCUUUCCAUUGCUUCGGGUUCCUUCCUCUGCUUCGGCGCUGCCAAACUCCUUCGUAUUUACGUACACAAAUUUGCUCUCUGGACCCAUCUCCUGGUUCAUCUUUUCGACCAUCCUCUUCAAUUUCUUGUUGUAACCUUCAGUGACUCGAUUCGCGGAUGCUGAACACUCCCCUGUAGGCAUGAACUCCAGAGCACGAACGUACGGUAUACAACCGAGCGACGUCGGACACAACAAACUUUCGAGCACCCAGUUCAUUUAGCCUCUUAAUCGAGGGAAAGAAAAUAGAGGUCAGCAGCAAACAAGAGCAAGCGACACAAAACUACAGUAGGGAUAAAUUGGCAGAACCUUCUGAUAAAAUGUCAGAUUGGAAACCAACACGUCCAGAAAGUAUGAAGGAUAAGGCUUCUCUCGUCCAAAGAACGGUACUGAAGGUGUUGGACACCUCUGGCCAGCCAAUAGAGAGAGAUUGGACUCGAGGCAGUGGAAGACGGCUAUCUAGUGGGUAUCUACCAUCAUUCCUCCUUUCGGAUCGGACUGGCCCAUAGAUAUGAGAUCAAGAAACCUACGGAACCAAGUGAUCAUCCCCCGGCAAAUAGUCCUGUUCCCGAGCUUAUGUUACCGAACUAGCUUUGAUCUACUUGCUGCUACUGAUCCGUGACGCAGGAAUCCAAUCCGGACUUGUUCCCAAUCAACGGAUUAUCCUGUUUCGUAGAAAUCCUGUCUACUUGUUCUACAAUUCCAUUCCAAAGGAACUUCUUCUCCAAUCCCAAUUAGCUCUUCUCCUAUUCCAAUUCCUAUUUAGAUUGAUAUAUCUAUCAAUCUCGGAAUGGCGCUUUUAUGCUUCCAAUUCGGUCGGGAAUCCCAUCCCUCGAGUCCGGCACUGCCCACUCAUCUAGUGAUGGAGAAGGCGAGUAAACUAGACUCAGCUCACUUGCCAUAGCUCAUAAGGAAUGAUUUUAAGAGCAACAGCUCAUAUAAGAACAACAGCUCAUAUUUCUUAGCAGAACGGGCUAUGCGGAAUUCAAGUACAAGUAGACUUAAGCGAGCAUCCCUAUUCGAUGAAACCAGACACUUAUUAGAUUAGGUAGUCUCCGCUUCUGUUUCUCUUCCUCUUCCGCCUAGUGCCAGUCUAUUCCUGUUUCGGAGGACCUCCACUCACAAAGUGCCAGAGACCAACCAGUUCUGUUACAAUCUGAAAUGGAGACUAGGAUGCUGACUCGAAAGAGACAACUCUAUUUGCUUGCUUAUCAGCUGGUGAUUUGUGAUUAUCCUUUGGCCAGAGAUCCUGAUCAUGGAGAUAUGCAAAUUUUCAACACAGAACUGCCUUACCCGUCCCUCUACAAAUUCGCCGUAUGCCCCUUACCAUAUGAUAUGAUGAUGAAGCUCCUUCUGAUGAAAGAUUAUGGCGUGUGCCGUCGGAGUGUGAAAGAAUGGAUAGCUACUAAGCUGUAUUCAUGUCAAGCCUUCCUUCCUCGGGGAAUAUACAUAUUGCAAAGGGCCAAGCCAAGGUAUGGUUCUGCGUCGGUCGGCGCCACGUAGAUCAAAUUGGCAUGCACUUGGAGUUUGGGGAAUUUGGUAACAUCUGUCUCAGCACCGCCGCCUAGUACUCCGUAUGAUGGAGGGAUACUACACUUAUCAGCUGAGACCUGUUUACUGAGGGAGCUUACCUAGUAGUUACUGAGUUAGAUAAUAGUUGGAUUUUCAUGCUAGUUGGUUUUGAGUAUUUUUAAUGGCUCCAUCUUUCGUCGAAGUGAAGUGAAGAAGUCAUAUUUUCUAGAAUCUAAAAAGACUUAUGUGUAAUUUGUGUUGGUGAUCUUUGCUAUUUGUCUAUCUUUUGGGGCCGAAUCCGCCGUGCUUUUCUUUACUCCACUCCGUUGGUUCCUGCUUUGAAAAGUGUCUGCCUACCGCAUUCUUCUUUCCUUUCUUAAAAUAGAAUUUCAGUGAUAGGAAAGCCAUUUGUCGGACAACCUGCCUACCCUAGCUUGUAGCUGCUCUCACUCACUCCUUUAUUGGGUCACUUGACUAAGGGAAGGGGCUAGCGUUGAAGUCAGUGAUUCAAUUGGGCUCUCCCUCCUUGGCCAAAAGCACCCAAAUGCUUGUUGACUUGACUUUGAUCUGUCACACCAAAUCAAAGAACGCGGAGAAUCUUUUACUGGCCAUCACAAUAAAAGCCAACCUCUCCCUUCCGCCCUCUGUGAAAGUGAAAGUGAAAUCGACUUGUCUAUGGAGAGGAGAUUCAUGAGAUGAAAUCCGCUUAUCUGUUUCUGCAUCUGCCAAACAACAAAAGCAAUAAAAAACAAGAUAAGCCCUGCCGCUCUGGCCUACCCAACGCAAUCUUGACUUGCAACAGGAUCAACAAAUGGGGAAACCUCUGGCUCCGACCCAACCAUAAGAGAGAAGAGGCGCUUGUGCACGACAAUAAAAAGACAAGUACGGCUGUCGCAGCACCUUUUGAUCUUUACUGAGAUCGUGUUGACAUAGGCUCAUUCAUUAAAUGCUAAUGACUCUGCUCUAACCUGCUAUGGUCUAUUAAUUUCAAAGAGCGGCACUAGACUAGUCACUUCAGGAGCAUAAUCUACAGUUCGAAGGAACCGGGCCACCUUCUUUCUAUAGCGGCAGAUUUGAGGAAGCCAAAGCAGAAUAGAAUCUUUAGUUCUUCGAGGAAGAAUACAGUUGCCCACCAUCCGAGUAUGGUUACCACUACCUUGGCUAGAUUUCCCUAACUGCUCUGUGCUUAACGUCUCUAAAAGGAACUUUGCUGCUCUGCGCAUUCAAGGUAGGGCCCUGUUAGAAAAGAGGUGUACCUCUUGAAUAAAAGAAGAGCUGAACCCUUCCAAGCUACUAGACCUGGAGGAUGAUAUGAGUGGAACACAGCUUUAGGCCUGCCAACGUAGUUCAAAUAAGUAAUUUCAAUCUUUUAUGGCAGAUUACUGUGAGGGCCUCUUUCGAUUUGUCAACGAGAAGCAGAUUACCUUUUAAAUAUGCACUUUGAACAGCCAAGAAAGCUGAUACGCACGAGCACGAACCGAGGUUGUCUUUCUUUUCUAUUUCUCCUCAAUGCAAAACACAAAGUUGAAUCACUCUUUGCAAUGGUUGUUAUGCUAAUUAUGAUAUUAUUAGCCGCGUUCGAUAAAAAGAGAAAUGAGUAGCCGGUAUAAUAGAGAAAGUAUUUUCCAGUUAAGCACUCCGAUCUGUGAAGGCUUUCCCGUGCCUCUUUUACUUUCUAGUCACAUAGCCUGCUUCCAAUUAAUUUCGCCGCUUGCUGCCGAAAUUACAAUGAACAAUAAGGCAUCCAGGACAGAAGACGAUUUUGAUUAGCAGACUAUCUUUUGUGCCGGAGUUAGAAUAGAAUGCGCUUUGGUUCACUGAUUUGGUGUUCCAUCCCUGGCUCUGGUUUCUUUAAAUAGGACGACUUGUCCUUAAGAGUCCUCAGAAUAUCUGAAAGUGGUGCAUUGAACAGCACACUUGUAAGAUUGGACUUAUUCUUAGACUGGCUACUGGAGGAAAGUUAAGGGAUAGUACAGAGUACGGAGUACGGACUCCAGGGAUGAAUGGGGCGUUUCCUCGAGGGAGGGCAUAGAUUGCGAGACUUCCAUGUCCAUAUGUCUCAACUGUUGGUCUCUUUUUGAGGUUCUACUAUUACGGCAGCUUUGCUUCCGGUGUGCGAUCCCGCGCCUUCCCUUCAUAGCGCCUAUUGGUAUUUAUGAAAUCCUAUUGAUUUCAGGGUUGUGUAUUUCUUUUCGUAUAUUUAUUCUACUUUCUUUAAUGGAAAGAAUUCCAUUCCGACAUGAUAGGCAAAUCCGAGGGGAAGUGGGAAGGGGCCCAGCGUGGUGAUGUUCGUCUUGAGCGCGCGUACCGAACUAUUGAUUAGAUUAUUGGCUCAUGAGUCUAGGCCAUAUGUGUUCUUCGUAUAUGAUUCCUAUGGCUUAAAAGUAUAUGAUUCCUAUCUAAGAGAAGAGCCUGGUAUUUCAAGUAGAAUUCAGUGCCGGUGCCUGGUCAGGUUCUAGGCAAGUCAACCCAAGGUCAGGUGCUCGCUAUCCAGCCAGUCAUCCUCAGAACUCUUUUUGUGAUGUCUCCAGGUCUGGUCUAAAGGUGCCGUCUCUAGAUCGAUAGUCCAGGGAAACCGAAAGGAAGGGAUUGAUUAGGUUAUGUACCCAAAAGUCGAGUAGGGAAAGCACAACUAUCAACGUUUGAUUGAGGGUUAGCGGUCAAGAGUAUGCGCCGUUCUAGGUAGCGGCUUCCUGCUGUUCCGAUUCAUCUUCCGCUUCUUCCCAUAGCAGUAUAACAAUUGAGCACUCACUUAUAUGAUCUUCAAGGCGCGCAGCGGUGAGGGGAAUAGAAAUCCUCUCGAGUGGAACCUUAGCGGCCUUUGUCAGCAGCAAAUAACCUACUGCGAUUCAGGUAAGAACUAGCUAUGACAAGCUAUUUGCGAAUCACCGGAAUCAGAUGCUUGAGAUGAGAACACUUCUGCUUAAUAUUUUCAUUAUCUUAUUUGAGUCUAUGAUCAAACAACUAUAACUGAAUCAUCUAGAAAGAGUGCCUCGCUGCAUCUUCUCAUUUGGAGCAUGAGAUGCUUGAAAAACGCCUUCCCUGUUUAUUCGUUGAUAUUCUGGACAACCUUCUCAUUUUUCUUUAUCCAGCCCGAAUGUGGAGAGAGUAAAAGGCCGCGGCAGGGCUACUUCUUCUAGGUGUGAAUUCUACCAAACCAAGGAAGGGGGAGUUCUGACUCUAUUUAGAAAGUUUUGAUCAUCAUUAGUUUAGUAUUGUAAUUACGUCUGUUUUCUGGACUUGGAUCUCCUACCUCCUGCGCCGAUUGUUCAUUCUUUAGUGAAAAGUAAGAAGAGGCGCGCAGGGAAAAGGGUCAAGUUCUGGAGAUCGGAUUGGCGAGGAGAGUAUUUAUUAAAUAGGAAAGCUCUCUUCUUGUCUGCGUACACCUAUAGCUGCUGGACUGACCCCAGAGUCAUAUAAUUCCAAAAUUCCUAAAUGGAUGUGAGUAGGCUCGUUUGGCCUUUUUAGCCUCAGAACGGAAAGAGUGAAGCCUUUGUUCGUAACUUUACUUUAAAGUAAAGCAACGGAUUUUAUUUCUUUCUAGCGCUCUUUUUUCUAUUUCUAGCGCGAAAGCCUUUGCGCGUUAGUCACGCGCAUCCUAACUUGCUAGAUCCGUUGCGCUGAAGCGCAGCCGUUUUCUUGCUGCAUCCUAACUCUGGAUCCGUUCCGUACACGCGGAUCCGUGGCACUUGCUCACUAGCCUUUCUAAAUAGUUUUAGUUAGGCGCAUCCUAACUUCUUAAUAUCUGGGUGCCAGAGCUCACUUGCUUUUUUAUAGAGUCUUCUUUCUUCAACCUGGCACUGCUUGGGACUUGAUGCUUUGCUUGUGACUUGACUAGUACUAUGGUGUGUUAGUGACUAAGACUUCCCUGAUCUUGCUUUCUCUCAAUAGGCAGAAUCUUUCUUUCCGUGACUGCUCUCCUGCUAGUCAUUUCUAAGGUCUUAUGGGUAGUAAGCGGGCACCGAAGUCAGUGCUGUAUAGAACUGAAACUCUUUGACUUGACCCGGAGAUAGAAGAAGGUGGAGUCCAUUAGUCAUAUUUGCUAACCGGUUAAAACUCUUAGGCUUUGUGUUCAUUUGAGCCUACAAAGAGACAUAUAAAUGCUUUCUGUCUGCCGAUAACCAACUGGCUUUGUUUUGCUCUUUGGAAUACCAUUUCCUCCCUAUGGAGCUGGUCAAUUGAAUCGGCUUGCUACACUUUCCAUGGAAUUCUGUUUAAAUAGGAGCAGGAUGAUCAUUCUAUUCCUUCACUUUGCUAUAGACAAUAAGUGCCAGAACGGAUUCUCGACAAGGCUCAAACAGUGCUUCUGUCUACACUAAUUUGAUAGCUGGACAAUAGUCAACAACUUCGAAACAACGGCACUCCACUGGCAGUUCAAACUACUGGCUUUGACAUUCUGUUCCGGUAAUUUGAGACAAAUUCAGAAGCGGCACUUGUUGAACAAUUCUAUCAAUAUGUGGCGGUUUGAGAUCAAUGUCAUAAAAAAACCUAGAUUAGGUGCCAAAAGGAGAGUGCAACGGUAGAAGUCAGCAAGGGGGAAUGGGUUAAGAAGUGCCGGGAAGCAGCUAUUGCCCGAGGUUAGAAAAAGAUGGGAACCAAUCCUUUCAAGGCAAGUCAAUACUCCACUCUACGCGCCAUUCGAGGAAUAGGGUCAAUUGUUAGUUAGAAAUGCAUUGACCAGUUCCAUUUCCUUGUUCGUCCUACUUUGAUUUGAAGAAAGCAGUCAAUGAGAAAGAUGCAUCCGGAGCUAGUAGUUACUUAGAAAAGUGCGGAACCUUACCUGUAUGAGAUCUGUAUCAACUUUUCUAUAGACCUGGUCGUGUCAUUGCAGUGAGUGCCAUACCAUAGCCAUAGGGUUGUAUUUAUCUUGGCGAGGCUUCGCUUCUCUUCGAUUCUAUUCUCGAGUCAAGUCUAGUCGACUUAAGCUCCUAGUAGGUGAUCUAUGACAUUAGCACAAGCCGAUACCGGCGAAGCAGCACCAGACAGAGGCAUAUUGACAACUCCUCCAAAUCUAGACGGAGUCUAUUCACUGCUAUUAGAGCCAAAAGGAUUGAUCCCUUUAUAUAGAAAAAAGAUCCGGUUCACCACUUCCAAUCUUCUUAGAGUCGAUUCUAUUAGAUCGGCCCUUAUCUGCCACAGGAAAGAUUGACCAGAAACGAGGCAGCCAAUAGAUCACAACACAAACACAACAACAAAAUACGAAUGCAAGCUCUUGUUCCCGGCAAGCCUAUCCUUCUGUCUUCAGCCUAUCUAGAAUAUGUAUAUUACAGCUUACACACUAUCGCAACCUUCCUUUUUGGUAGCCGAUUCCCGGGGGAAGUGAAAUGAAGUAGUCGACGUUUGUGUUGUAGGCCCGGUAGUUAUGAUACGAUCUUUAGCAAGUGCCAUCGAGAAAUUGACUCUGCUCAGCGCAUUUUCAAAACUAAAAUCGGCUUAGAAAUAGGAAAUAGAUUCUAAAAGCUCAUGGGUAAAGGGCGAAGAGGUUGUUACAUGAGAUGGGAAAUGAGAUUAGCCCACAGGAGCUUGGUAUUUUAGCUAGCUUGGUACAGUAGGCGCGCAGCGGAGAAGAGAAGCUUAUUAUGACUCUAUGCCCGCCAGGUUCUAUCUACAUGCUUAACACAGGCAAGCAAGUAGUUCCAAUUUUUCUUCUCACAUUCAGCGUCAUAAAAUGAAAAGCAAGCAGAUGAACGCUGUUUAGUUGAAAAAAAGCAUCCCCCAUCAUCCUCAUUCGAUCCUGCCGAAGAAAGAGUUGAAUAAGCUAGGAAAGGGCCCCUAAGCUAGAGCUAGAAGGGCUAAGAUACAAAGACAAAGUAGGUUUAAAGCUAAGAGUUCACUUUUCUCAAGCAGAUAAGCCAGAUAAUAAAGCGGAUAACCCUGUGCUAUUCCAUGCAUACUUGAGCUACAGUAUAGUAUUUUGAAACCCUUUUUCACUUACUUUGACAAGCAAAGGCUACUUCGGACAAUAUAGACAAGAUCAGACACCUUUUAGCUAUGUUUCUUUAGAGGAAAGAACCAAUAGUCGGGUCGGACCCCUCCCGCCUUUAACUACUAGAGCUGUAGUUAUACUACUCUACUAAUCCCAAACCCCUAACUUAAGAGGAGGAAUGGUUAACCCAUACUUUUAUUGAACUGAUAGACUUGUAUUUUAUGUUGGAAAAGAGUUCCAUCUCAGAAAUUAAGGGAAUGCAAAAUAUCAUAUUAUGGUGAUCGAGAUCACCUGCUGGGAAUCCAGGUUCCCCACUUUUCGACUCUACUCGAGCAAGCAAAAAUAGUAAUGAUUUACGAUUCGAGGAAUGAAUCGGGUUAGCCACCCACAGUAUGUCGGGCGUGUAACCAUUUAACAGUUCAAAACCCAACAAAUCGGGUUCCUUAAUUGACUUGAUGCUUAGAGGAGUUGUUCCCGGUACUACUAGGUUAUAGCUUAACCGACCCAGGAGACGACGUAAAGACUAUAGAGAUAAGAGGUAGAAGGAAAUUACUAUAGGGUACAGCCUCGGGUAGUCUUAGGGUUUUCCAAGAUAUGAUAUGAUAUGAUCGGGUUAUUUAUUCAAAUUGGAAAUAGCUAGAACUCCUGCGCAGGCUUGCUGUACUGAAUCUCUUUAUAGUCUACCUGUCAAGCCCAAGAUAAGGGCAGGGCUGGGUUUAUUAUUCCACUAUGUGGGUUUUAGGUUUUCCAGUUUCAUUGAAGCAACUCCUUUCGCUUUCAUCUGUUCAACUAAGGAUAAGGAGAGGAGGAAGGAAUCAAAUCAACGAGAAAUACUAUACUAUACUCGAACUCGAAAUUUCUAGUUGCGAAGGAAAAGCGUGAAACCCGACAAUGUCAACUCUCAACUCUACAUGUUAGAAGGAGCUAAAUCAAUAGGUGCUGGAGCUGCUACAAUUGCUUUAGCGGGAGCUGCUGUCGGUAUUGGAAACGUUCUCAGUUCUUCGAUUCAUUCCGUGGCGCGAAAUCCUUCAUUGGCUAAACAAUCAUUCGGUUAUGCCAUUUUGGGCUUUGCUCUCACCGAAGCUAUUGCAUCGUUUGCCCCAAUGAUGGCCUUUCUGAUCUCAUUCGUUUUCUAAUUCGUAAAAAUAAGGUGUAGUUUCUCCGUCUUCCUGGGAAGGAAAAUAGAGAUGACGAGGCCCCUACUUACCUACCGGGUAGGUGGGGGGAAAGAAGAGUGGGUUAGCGGGCUUCUUUCACUGUGUCUUUUGACUCUGCUUGAGGGGGUUUUCCCUUCAGCUUGAUUGAAUAUCUCUUGUGGGGGUAGGCCAUCUAAAACUAUUUUAGCAAGUAGACAGGAAUCGUUGGGAUCCUAUCUAUCUAUCCGGACUUGAUUCAUUCAUCUGACCAUCUGGAUUUCCAGCCCACAAUAAUAGAGGCAGAAGCACACAUGAGUCCUAGUCAUACUUCCUUCUAGGCUUAUAGGAAUCCAUAUUUCUAGAAGAAUAUACCACUAAUCUAAUGGUGGGCGAAACUAUUGCAUGCCAAGGUAGGUAAGUCAAGAUCAGUAGGCAUUAAGUCAAGAUCAGUAGGCAUAGCCAUUCUAAGCACUAGUCUAGAUGUCAGGUGAUAUUAUCAUAUCAGCUAGGCUUGGGUAGGCAUCUCUUAGACCUUCAUCUACUAUUUUAUUUGCUGCUAUUUGAUCUGGUUCAGCCUUUCCCUGGCAAUGGCCUUGGUAAUGAUGCAUAGUGAAAUCGAUGCAUUUCAUAUGGUUAGCUCUAUCAAUUCUCUAUGAUUUGAGAAACGAUCUGGCACCAGAGUCCGCUAAAGCACUGGGUUAUGACCCUAUUGGAUCUCGCACAUAUAUAUCCGGAAGAUACCUUAGCUAUGAAACACUCUUUCAAGCCUAUGACCAAUACCCAUCGAACUUAUUGGAUCUUUUUCUUCCUUUCCUUAGACCCGCAAACAGAGACAACCUGAUCGAUAAUAGUGCCGGUAGAGGAAAAAGCAAUGGUCAACUAUUCUCACGCAUCUCGACGGAAAGCUAAGCUCACAAACAGAAAUGGUUACGCCCACAUAAGCCUCAGAGCUGGAGACAGAUCCACCAGUUAAGGUAUUCAUCCAGAAAUGAGCCACUAGACUCACUUACUCAAAGUGCUCGGUAGCUAGCCCGGGAGAGAAAACCAUUUGAAGACAAGAGAUUUGAUUCACCGAUGCCCCAACUGCUUUAGUUGACGUAGUGUACGAGCCAGAUCAGAACCAGAACUCGAUUUGUCCUAGAUAGGAGACUGAAUGAACUAUCUGAAGACUUCCUUCCGGCAUCCCUUCCCUCAUACGCCGAUCUACUUUGAUUGGUUUGCGGGCCCAUUGCUGUGCUGGUUUGUGAGCUUAGGAAGCAUUGUGGAGGUUCAGUUCAUAGGUAGAAGAAGUCGGGAUCAGUGAGUGCCAGUCUAAUUCAUCGAAGAAAGAGACGCUAGCGAACAGACAAGAGAUUUUCUUCACUACCGAACCUGGCUGACUUUCCUCAUUCUAUGUCAAUUCGGAUCUAAUUCUAUGUAAGAAAAAGAUCUAUAAGAAUGGAAUUAUGGGUGGGAUUUGGGGAGGAUCCGGUCCUCUUUUUAUAUAUAUUUAUAGAUAACUCGAUUUUCUUUUCUGCAGGUGAGACGAUACUAGCCGGUGAUUCAAAGGUGCUUCCAGCUUCUGAAGCAGGUAGUAGAUCGGGAUAGCCAGCCAUUUCUUAUCCUGAUCGAGAAUAGUGAGCUUGUACAAGCCCGUUUCUAUAUACGCGACAGAGCCUAGAACGCACGUUAGAGAUCUUUUCGUGAGAAUUGAAUUGAAUUCGUAGGGAUGAAAAACGCGAUAUAGCUCUAAAGUAAGAAAGAAAUCGGCCUGUCCCGUAUAAUGAAGUCAAUCAAAGGCAAGGGUGAAACUAGUCUUAUGGAUGCAAGCUUGACUGGUUCUUAGUAGUCUUGGGUAAUGGAUCUCAGCUUGACUGGUUCUCCUAUUUUCAUAUAUAAAUGCUCCGGCCGUGAAUUCCUUUUUUCUAAGAUUAAUUCCCGGCAGGGCGUAAACUCGAGCAAGAGCCUGGGACCGGCACAAAAAACUAGGCAAACUGCCACUGGACUAACAUCGGAACCGAAGAUCCAAGGGGUCAUAUCAAUAUCAUGGCGACUCACCACUAGAGACAAGAACUCAACCCAGCUAAGGAAAAGCAAGUACCCGAUAGCGGAGGAAAUGGAGCUUCGCAGCGUAGGCUUGCUUUAUGGCCCCUGAGUGCACAUCCUUGUUGUGGGGAAACCCGAGUAACUCACUACUUGAGCCCAUGGUUAGUAUCACUUUUUGAAUGGGAAAUCUACUCUCCCGAGGGGAAUUGUCAGGUAGUACUAGUACUAGUACUACGGCAAGUUUAGUUUAGUCCCAACAACACCUUUUUAAACCUGCGAACGAAGAACAGAGUCAUCAAAUGGGUUCUGGGCAUAGCAUAGAGCUUCCGCAGGGCGUACGGUAUUGGUUGGUACCUGUUGUCUGUUCUGUACCUCAUGUUCAUGAUUGGAAUAUGCAUCCCGUAAAGGAAGUAUUUCCAGUAGAUCUUUUCCCUCUCAGUGGAGAGGUGGGUCCCGCCUCGGCACAUAAACUCUAGAUUUCGGAAGCAAAGCACUGCAGUAAGCAAACCUUUCCUAAGCAUCUCUAGCCUUCUCUUUUCCUAAGCAUCUCUAGCGUGCGUUCUCCAUAGAAAGAAAAACCCAGCAGUCAAGACUAGUCACAUACAUGAGUGAAACAAGUGAUUCGCUGACAUUCCAUUCAAAUAGUGCCGAGUAGUCACAGCUACGACAAGUUCUUCUAAGAUAAGAGGAAGGAGUGUUCCCUCAUACGAUCUACUUUUGCUUACUCCCUAGCCCUAGCUUGAUGGACCAAAUAAGGGCUAUCCUAUCCUAACUAAUUCUCUUUCCUGCAACCCAAGCUAAGCUUCAACCAACCGUCACCUUUAGCCAACCAAGCGCUUUAGGAAGUCGAUUCCAUCAUGGGAGUGGAUCUCUUCUAGUGGCGAAAUCACGGAAUCGGAUCACUAGUUCAGUUCAAAGCGCUCGUAGAGCAGACACAAUACAAGUGCCAGGUAGUAAUCUGUCUUUUCCCCGGAAACCUUGCUUCCUAUUCCUACUACGACUACGAUACGAUGAAACUCGAGCACAAGUGAAGAGAUCUCAUCCCGUCUUUCAUUAAGGGCGUACUAUACUGGGGCGUUUAGGUCGUGCCAUUCUAAAAAAAAUGAAAGCAUGAGCAUAGCUCCACAAAACUUUUAUUCGUCACAGUAGUGACUCAGACUCAUUGGAUUGCCAUCAUCAAUAGCUCCUCUUUUAAUCGUAACAAAUGAGAAAUUUGCGACUCUAGUUACGAAACUUGACUUGUAUCCGGUAGAAGCUUUCUCUUUGGAUUGAGAUUCCAGAAGUUCCGGGAAAAGAGAUUCAAGCACAGAAUCCACCAGGAAAAAGAUAUUCCUGCAGAGCAGCUGUGGGCCAAGAGUCAAAGAAUGAAUUUGGCCUAGACCUAGCGUCAAAGUAAAGAAUUGAAGCGGAAGCCGACUUGGACUUAAACUUAGUUGAGAGUGGUCUCUUUUUUAAUCUCGUAUGUAUCUCCUGCAGGGAUCGGGCUAGUUGCAUUACUCGAAAAGGAAGCAUAAUCGGAAGAACCUGUCGUGUAGUGCCUGCGUCUAUUGUCCUCUGGCAGGUGAAGUGGUUGCAUUCGCCGGGCUUAGGCCAAUCUCCAGAUCCGAGUAGAGAGUGGAAUUAUUUCUUUUCUUCCCAAGACUUCAUCAUUCAAUAUGCGGGCCGGGUUGGAUAACCAAAUCAUUUCUAUCAAGUGGAUUCCCUUAUCUAUAUAGGCAUCCAGUAGCCAAGUCUGUUUUCCGAUACGCCAGACCAGCUUCCUGAGUAGAAUACGAAAGAAAGGCCAUUCCCUGGAUCCUCUAGCAUCACUAGCUGUAAGCACUUUCAAGUACGGCACUAUUUCUUGCUUGCAUUGAUCAAGUUCAAGACCAAUCGGAUGUAAGGAGGCUAAAAGCGGCCUCAUUCGGUGAUACGUGAAUGUCAAUCACUUGAAAGCACCUAUCUCAUCCCAGCACGGGAAGAUAUCUCUAAGCAAUUGAACUAGAUCUCAGUACCGUCUCUCCACCUAGGCGGCAAUAUCCUCAAAGCGAAAUUCUUUCUAUUGGUAUAUACCUACACAUACACACACACAUUCUAUGCUAUGCCUAUGCUAUGGACAAAACAAAUCGUGAAGCAUAUUUUGAACUUGAACUAAAGCUCGAGGCAGAACCAUCGUGGUAUCCAUAACCACCUCCAGCUAUCCAGAUCCAUUCCAUAUUAGAGGGACUUUGAAGGCUUAUUCCGUUAGUGAGCUUGUGAAGGCAAGGCGUUUAGGCGUCGGUUUCUUACGAGAUAAGAUAUGUAUGCCGGUCCAACUAAAGCAAGGGUGGUUUUGAGCUUGGGUUGAAAGCUAGGUAGGGCUUUUAUGCUUGAAGUGCGGUGCCAAGAGUGGAAUAUCAAGUUCUGCUAGCAAAGAAAGAAUCGAAUGUUGGACUGGACUAUAGUAGGUCUAUUAGACUAUUCUUACUAGAGGGUCCCCUAAAACUGGCAUAACCGUCAAGGUGCCUGGCAAGUCAGAAGUCGCAGGAUUGCAUUAUAAAGGGCUAAAGCGAGUUCACGUCAUAGUAGAGCAAAUUCUUGCCAUAAGGUAUAUAUACAUACAUCAGCAUGGCCACCGUAGUAGCCAGCCCGAAUGAAGCUGUCUGCGUUAACGCUUGGUAUAUAGAUGCGCGCCUGCUCAUCAUAAUAGUGCGCUCUGAAGAUAGUCAUUGCCAAAGACGAGAUCGUUAGCACACGCGUGAUAUUUAUCCUUAUCCCGUAGCAUAGCAUAGUUGGCUAUCUCUAUUUCUUGAGCCUUCUGCAGGACAGCGCCUAAUAUCAGGAUAUCCUGGUCUAGGUAGGCGGCUAAAUACUCUUUUCUUCGCUCGGCUAUCAAUUAGAGGCGAGGGUCACACCUUUGUGGUCAAUCGUUCCCUUUCCUCAACCUAUUCAAAAAGACCUAUCUCUGUGCUGCAUGCUUAGAGCUAAAGGUAUUGGACCCAAGGAGUAAGUGACCAAGUAGGUUUUUGGUAGUAAAAGAUUGGAGGAAGAGGCCGCCUAAAUCAGAUCACAGGAUUGACUAGAUCUUUCCGUUUCCGUUUGAGGAAUGGCCAAAGCUCCAUCCAUAGAGAGGACAAGCAUCAUCCAAUGGGUGUCUUCUCACUAGUGCCAGAGCGUGGAAGGAUCGCCCCUUGGCCGGGACAGGGACACAUCCUGAUGUGAGAGACCGACCCUAGCCUAGGUAGUAUUAGCAUACAUAGAACCAGAGAAUCGAGUUGUCUUGUCACAGGAAACCGGAGAGCAGGAAACAGAACGGACCUUGUAAGAAACCUCCCAUCACCACACCAAGGAGAAGGAAGCUAAGAAAAAGGAACCCUUCUUGGAUUGUCUUGUCUAUGAAACCUAUCCUUACCAGCUAGGAAUCUGUCUUUUCACCGGAAACCUUGCUUGUCUUAGUCAUGAGUGUGUGUAGCCCAUCCCAUGUAUUUGCUUCUCCUGAUGUAGAAUCGCGAUCUGGAUAGGCUCUAUUCUCACCUGCACCAGAAAGAAUAGUUGUCUGUCUAGUCUAGAGCCGCAAACUGCUUGCCCUCCCUUCUCCCGCUUUCUAUAAUAGUCAAAGUAAGUGGUAGUUCUCGGUUCCUUCCUGGGCUUGUAGAAGUAGAAGUGAGUAUACCAUCUCAAUAUCGCCAUCUCAAUCUCAAUAGAAGGUUGACUGCUUGAUAUGUCAGCUGGUCUAAGUCUUCUCAUCUCAGUUAGGAAAGGAAGUAGUCUCAUCUCAGUUAGCGAUGUGAAGCGGACCGCUCUCUCGCGAGCUCCCCUACGGGAUUUAGAGGCGCGUGGAAUAGUGCCGUUCAAAAGUAUGAUUCCAUUCCAAGAAAGAGAUCCGGCACAACACUGGCAUUUCCCUCCUCCUCUUCUUUAGCACUGGCCAGGUUCCAUACGGAUGUACGUACCCUUCCGUUCAGAAAAGACAGUGGCAUUCCCAUUGGCGCAUAGAGAAAUGCUGUUCUUCUUCCAGUAAUGAAUGGAAAGCAUUUGAGGUGUGCUAUGCCAAGAUGAUCCGAACAGGCUGGGGAUGGGGAUACAAUAGCGCCAUGUUUUCCAUUCUUUAAGAAAGGACGGCCGUAUCCCGGUGACCUUGCCAGCUGCAGUGGGGUCUCCUGGUAUGAAAGACGCACUUCGUUGCAUUGCUCGCAGACUGGAAUGCAAACCCGCAAGUUAGCUCCGUAAAUAAUUGGCGAGAGGAAAACAAACUUUCUAGAAAAUGGAUCCUAAGGAAAGUAAACGUCAUUUUCGGGAACUAGUUGCACUCUGUCCCCUAUCCUACCGCUAGUAGAUCCCCUAUGCCGGAGCAUGAACAGAGAAAGCAGCCGUCUAGUCUAGUCCUUGUCCCGGUAGUAUGAAGUUUGAAUGGUCCAUCGUGGAGCUCGACCUUGUUGAGUAGUAGCUUUCAAGCCUCCCCGGAAAGUGGAAAGCGAUAGCAAAGACCUCAUAGGAUCUCUUUAAACGGGGUGCUUUUCCUUAGCGGCCUUUUUCUUUCACGUUUUGCCUUAGUCACAAUAGUUGUCAUGAACCCCAGUAGGAAUCCCAUAUCUAUAUGAGCAGAGCAUAGAGUCUUUUCACUUUUUUCUAAUUGGCGCGGAGCGAAGCUUACUCCAUAAAAUCACUAUUUGCUAUCGCUUGCUUUGGCUAUAGGGGGGCAGGCUGCCAUCAUGGUUGGUUGGACUUAGCCAGUUCAUUGCGAGUACAUUCUUUAUAUACAUAUGAUACAACCAUAUCUAAAUGGAACUUUUGUCACUAUGCUCUGCUCUAUAGGGAGAAUCCACUUAUUACUUACUUGUUUUUAGACUACUUCCCUGUAGUCUUUACUCGCAUAUAGUCAGUGAACUUGUCCUAUCAACGACAAGUGGAAUGCAAUCAUGGCUUCUUUUUCAUGCAGUGAUUGAAUGAGGGAAAUGCAGUGAAAUGAAUGCCCGGAUGCCUGGACGAGGGAGAGCUUUUAGCUCGAAUGAGGAAGAGCGGCUUGGUUGGAUAGGGCUAGGGUUAGUGACACGGGAUAGGACGGAUGCGUAACGUUGAGGCUAACAAGUCUAGAUAGAAAGAAGUAUGGAACAGACCAUUGAAGGAGAACGCUAGGACCGGUAUAUCCGUAUUUCAUAGAGCUAGAUAGGCGAGCGAAACAAGUAGUAGUUUUGAGUUCGAAAUAGAAGAUAAGCGUUUAGUCAAGAUACGUUUAUUUAAAGGAUAGGCAUGGGAAUAGCUGAUAGACAUUUGUGCAAGGGCAACAAGUAGUAGUUGGAUAUGAACCACCCACGGAUAGCCAGGAAUAGAACUAGCAAGGUAGCUUGACAUGGUUUGUUAAGAAGUACCCUGAGUAGCUUUAGUAGGUGUUUGAGUAGGCCGCUAAGGAGCGAAGCGUUGUUCUAAACACCAAUGGGAUGAGAUGGUUCCAAUACAAGCUCUUCGAUCUCUGUCUGCAGGAAGGUGACUCCCAUACCUUCUUUUUCCACCAGUAGAAAUCCCAGGGAUCCUGCGGAGAAAUCUUAGUAUCACAGGAGAGUGGAUCGUAUAUCACGAUUCGUAAGCCUCUGAAAGGCUUCAGCUGUCAGUCGAUCGUCUGGGACACAGAUUCGCUCUACGAACUGGAAUGUACCAGCAGAGCCUAUACGGGGAAAGGGAGCAGCUGUUCUCAACCAUCGCUCUUAUUUUCAUAAGUAUAGCAUCGCAACUCUUCGCCUGCCGAAUCCUCUCGACGACAGUCGGCUGUAGCACCAAUGCAGCUACUACUUAACCACUCGGGUCCUGGCUUGUCUCUCCUUUUCAGGUCCAAUUGGCUUACCACGUCUCAUGUCCUCGAUGAAAUGGUGCUGUGGGUCGCCUAAUUAGCUCGGCUCUUCACAAACCUGCGGCCUUGACUACGGAACCUAGCCUGCCAACUAGUUUAUCAAGGAGCAUAUGCCUAUGACUCUGUGAUGCAUGCUUUAUGAGGGCUAAGAAGGAUUUCUACCGGCAUAUGGGAAUGCUUGACCUGAGCCUAUCUUCUAGAGUCUCGCUGAAAAGAUAAGCUAGUCCCUUGCUUUGGUGACAACUGCUAGCCUAGUUCAUGCCUAUUCCUAACUAAACCAAAGAAAUGAAAGACUGACAAGACGAAUGGGAAGGAUAUCUUCUUUGUUGUAGCUGAACUGAUGUAUGAAUAAGGAGAGUGGGAAUGUGGAUUGGAUAAUAGAGAAUCUUGAUCCCCGACAGGGUGCUAUUUCACGAACCUUCUUACAUUGCCGAGAGUAGACAAUCUCUUCUUGUUCCUUAAAUGAUAAGGAUCUCGAGAAUGCUUUUAAGUCAAGUAACUAUCUUAAGCCGAAGGCCAAUAUCUCAAAGUGCUUACAACCUGGCAAUCGUUUACUUCUUCUCUUUUGUUGAGGAAAUAGUGCACUGCCUUGGAGAGGUAGUGUGCUAUUGACGAUCUUAAAGUAUUGGUGAGUGAGUUCAAGAUAAUAGAGAAUCUCUAUCCCGACAGGGAGCUAAUUUCACUUGCUGUUACUUUGCAGAGGAGAAACUCUUCUUUUGUUCUUUGUAGUUCUUUUCUUGAGUUAGAGCUAGAGUUGUUUAUGCAGCGGCUAUUCAUGCAGAUAUUGAUCUAUGCAUUUUCUCGUUUCCCUCCUAAAUAGAAGUUUAUUCUUUUUUAAUGGACUUGUUUUUCUCUCGAUAGUACACCAUAGUCCAUAGUACUCAAUAGUACUGGCUAGCCUAGCAUUUUCAGGAGGAGUAGUGAACGAAAUAGACAAAGACGCCGUAGGGUCUGGCUUGUCUUGCUUUGUUGAUCCUCUGGUAAUUUCUCGGAGGUGGGGCUCUUACGAAGUAGUUGGUUAAGAUGUCAGCUAGGGAGUUGUUCUUGUUAGAAUUUCUAGGCCUGUGCAAGCGAAGCGGUUUGAUCCCGGUAGCCAACUGGACUUGGCGUAGGGAUGACUUGCCUAGUGAGAUAACAUGAAUUACUGAGUGACGGCUACCUCCGCUCAUUAGUGGAAACUGUUUCUUCUUAUUGUUAUCACCGUAAAACUACUUGUUCAAUAGUCCAUACCGUAAACAAAUCACAAGUCGUAAUGGUAUAAGCCUGGCAUUUGAUAAUUAAGUUAUUGCACUUUUUUAGAAACCCAUUUUAAUCCACUUUUAAGGCCACUUUAAAUCGAUUUGAAGGUGAUCCCAUCCCCUAUCAGCAGGCUCGACUUUCCAUUUAGUUCUAUUCCAUCUGUGCGUUACGUUCAUUAUGCUGUUUCCAAAACCUAUCACUUAUACCAGUGCAGAUCUGAUUUAUGUGCAUCCCUCGCUGUGACUACUAUUCUUGUGUACAAACCUAUGGUGGAUAAACCUCUAUGGUGCAUGCAUAUCUGUUUAGCCUAACUUGUCUUAGUCAUUCCCACAUUGAAUCGAAACUCUCAAUGCCUAUUGAGUCAUCAUAUCUCGACUGAGCGGAACCAAUCCAAUAGGAUAAUCAAUAUGUUCUACUAUUCCCUAUAUACCUCAGCUUGUUCGAUUGAGCCGAUACCGAGCCCUUAUCUUUUCAGAAGAUGUGCAACUUUUUCUUUUUUGAAUUUUCAGUCAACCAAUAGUAGAUACAGGAGGAGGUGGUAUUAGAGAACAAUUAGUUGAUUUGCCCUUUGCUUUUAUUUCACUUCGAGGGUUACUUUCGUUCCAGCAUUCGCUUAAGGAUGAAUAGUCAUAUCGGUCGGGACUUCUGUUGGAUAGCGUACGUUCGCCAUUGAUUCCUUUUUGAAAGGAUAGGUGCCUUAAUGUUCGUAACAUGCCGUAGUGUUCGAACCUAAAGUAGUAGUGUAUCACUUUCACUCGGUGAAGAGUCAAGACAAGGUAAGAACCCAGGGCUAUUGAUAGACAUAUUGGUUCGCUAGUUAGAUUAGUAGAUGCUUAUUUCACUGAAAGAUCAGAUCUUAUUUCUUCGAAUUUCCUUUCCUUUAGGGUGAUGGGCUGAUCAUCUCCCGUUGCUAUGGGGGAAGUCACUGAGAGCUCUGACUCGGAUGAGGUGGAAACUUGUCUCUUUCUCCUUCUCCUACCCUAAGUGCCGGUGUCAAAAUCGAGAUAGUGGUGAUCCCCAAGAAAGCAAAUGGAAAUCCAAUGCUCUUUCCAAUGGAGAAGUCCAAUUUGCGUAUUCCGAAAGCGGAACUCCCCACCCCAAGCCAAGGAGCAGAGUCGACUGCCGCGCCCUUCUCUUUAUUAAGUUAAGAAGUCCGUCCGACAAUGAUUGUCUUUAUACAAAGGCAUGUAAAGAAACAUACGAAGAUUUCUCAGACUAGGCAAAAUGGCAGAGGAUUUCCCAAGGAAGAAAACCAUGAAUUAGGCCGCGCCCGGUCUCUCUACAAUUCUUCGAAUACGCUUCCGGUCCCUAUCAGCCAAUUUGCUAGUAUCCUUGCAGCCCUAUCCUUCCUCAAGGCCCCAGCGGAAAGUGAAGCAACCCUCAACGCGGCAAGCUUCUUCUCGGGCUCCUCCUCAAAUCAAACUUCUUACUCAAUGCACGCGCCUCUAGCAUUGGAAGCUCUUUCUCUGCUUAGCGCCCUGUCCUCCUUCUGUCACUUAAGGGCGUACUAUACUAAACUAAGAUAUAGACUGCGGCACCCUUGACUUACUAGACCCUUACUAUCACAUAAGCCUGCCGACUCACUCACUCACCUUUAAGCUAUCCACCAACUAUGCUUGGAGCAGCAAAGCUAACAAACAGGAAACCAUAGACCAAGCUUCUACGAACACAGAAACGUGAGAAGCAAGGCAAGACUUCUAUUCAUUCUCUCCGGCAGUAAAAACUUCCCACUUCACCCCUGCGAGCCUUACCUGUAUCAAAGGAUACAUACCCCGACUCACAAAGAAGAUAUUCUAUUCUAUCCCUCAAAAUUGAGGUGGACAUAGAGCCGUUAGGGCCUACUGAUCGAGGCAAAGAGAAAUUGCUUUCUAAGGCCGGAAAACGGACUUCGCAACAAGCAAGACCUACCUUGAGAAAGACUUGUCUACGCUCAACAUAUGAGCCGGAAUUCAAAUGAACAGAGCUUGACUUCACUUACGCUACGCCCAGAUAUUUUAUUAUAUUAAAGAGAUUCGAUCUUUUCGUAAAGGCAACGAUAUGAAGGAGUCUUCAGAUUGCUCUGGAAGGAAACUCGAACUUUGGCGGCCUUAUAUUAAGAACAAGGGUAGGCAUUCUUCUAUAUCUAUUAUUACAGCUUCUUCAUUUGACGUUUAGGUGGGUUUAUUAUUUUUAGCUUCGCUAACGCCCCUCUAACUGAUUUUUCAGUUCUCCUUUAAGUACGCUUGCCGAUAGAGAUUUCAAUCCACUGAGACAGAACCUGGCAGGUCUUCUCAACCUCAUAUUUCGAAGCACUUUCACGUGUGAACCAUUCUAUUCUGGAGGAGCAGUACUCCGAACACAGGCCGUAAUGGCAACCUCUCUAUUGGUCAUGGGUCCAAUACAACUGAUAGCCAAGUCUUCAAUGGCACUGGCACUUUAUGAGCUAGAUAGAUCCCAUGACUUACUUGACCUUGCCCGAAGUCAACAAAGGUUAGAAUGAAACCGUAUCCACCAGCUGCUAUGAACCAAGCAAAGGUGAUCAUAUCCCGGUCCCGGCAAGCAAAUAGGUCUAUUCCCUCUAGUUCGAGAAAUGAAAUGUGGCUCUCCUAUAUAUGCAAAGCAAAAUGGAGUCAACAGUCUAGCUGGAGGCCAAUGAGGUUGAUCCUUGGUGCCGGAAUCCGGAUUUGCACUGAAUAAACGAAUAUCUGAUCUUUCUCCGAAGAAAACCAUUGGGUGCCGGUGAUGAACCAGAUCUAGAUCGGAAAUCUUAGUUUGCAUCUCCUGAUCCUUCAUUUUCAAGUAUUGACCCUCGACCUUUGCUUUCUUCCCAAUUGAGAUAUGCAUUCCAUUCAGAUUCAUAAGGAGUAGUUGGCUAAAGAUCAUCUGCCCCGGCUCUGUCACUUGAUUGACAUCCUGCACUUGUUUGUAUUGACCAUAUGAUUCUACUGCUAUUGGGAACGGAGUGGAGCAAUUCUCCGAUCUCCAAGCGCAUCCCCAUAUCUGGUUGACUUGUCAUUUCUUGUCUCGCUACCUACUACCACUGAUCCCUACGAUCUACUUGCUGCUAGAGAACGGGGAUUCUUUGACAAGAGAAAUUCCCUGGCUUCUUCUCUAGAUCUCGUUUACAGACCGGCCGGCCAGUCCUGCUUCAACGCUUGACUCGAAUGAAUAUGCAUUCCUAGAAGCGUCUUUGCUUUCUUUCCGUCUGCUGAAGCAAGGGGGUACCAAAUGCGAUUCCAUACUAAACAAAUAACGAUAGCCCACUGAGGUUAGCGAGCCUGAAAGCCCUAUUACUCAAGAAGGCUGGCUGUUCUCGAAAUAGCUUUGAUAGAAUGGUUUCGUGCUAAUGCUGUUUCCCAACCAGGAUUCUAGCUACUAACACAAUCAGCUCCCAACGACCUACUUGCUGCUACAGCUACUGGUACCAACCAAUGCAAUGCCGAUCCCAUUCCUUUCCUCUUGCCAUGACGGAUAUCAGCUCCCAACAGAACGAGAAGAGAAUACGACCGAUGCCAAGAGCUUUCCUCGAACGAUGACUGAGGAAACACAUCCAACCUCGAAUGCUGAGACAAGACCGGGCACACUUCUAUAAUAUAAUCAAAGUAAUAUAAGAAAAGGGCCGAGAACUUUGAUACCAGUGGAGUGCGAUGACAUGAUGACAAGGCCUAAUCGACUCGACCUUCCAGAGCAGAGCGGAUUCUCGACCUUAAAGAGCGGAUUCUAUACGCUUCAGGAGAUGAAAAGCUUGAUGAACCCCGACCCACUAGACCAAGUGAGUGAUGUUGCAUUUCGAGCACAGGCACCUUUGACCUAGCUUUCGACAGAGAGAGACAAAUGGGAAUGCCAGGCACAACUCUGUGCUUUGAAGCAUGAGAGAACGAGAACAUUUCCACUGCUUUAGUUGCUAGAACCCCCGCCCGGAAGACAGCACUCAUCCCUUCCUUAAUUAAGUAGUACUAAUCCCAUUCCUUUAGAAACCUGUCCUUUCCAGUGGAAUAGCUUGCAGAGUAGAGUGAUUUCCUUGCUUCAUAGGUUUCAGGUUCAGAAGACUCUCUUCCCCGUAUACUGUAUUUACUAGUCAGGCCCGGUGGAGCAAUCUCGAAUUCUCGUAUAUCAAUGCUACAUGAAUGAUUCACAUAAGGGAAUUCCAAGUGGGUCGAAUAGGACUAGGGAGCUCGCUUCCAUCUACUAAAAGUUCUCUACGGGUGGUUGGUUUACAGUACAGACAGUUUCCUAGCUGGCACUUGAGAAGUGCUCGUCUAGUUUAGUGAUUCCUAGCGUAGAACCCUUCUGUAUGAGAAUAGUUUCCAGAUUAUGACCUUCUCUUUUGAUUGAGUGAAUAGCCAUGCCAUGGAUUCUCUUUUCUGGGCUAGCUCUAUACCAUUUCCAUUUCCAUUUCCAUUUCCAUAGUAAUAGUAAUAGUAAUAGUAAUACUGCCUUGGUGAAUCCCUUAUCUUGUUUGCAGCAUCAUUCUCGAUCCCCUUAUUCCCUUCCCAACAAGCAAGAAGGAAUCAUAUCCUACGGCUAACUCAUCCUUAUAUGGCUCCCAGAUCCUUUCCUUAAAGAGAAUAAAAGGCUAUCUCGAGGGAUGGUCAGAGAAUCGGUUUAUCUUCACGGCACUAGACGGCACCUUUAUGAGUGCGUAUAAGCUUGCUUUAGAGCUAGAGCGUGCAUCUAAAAUAGUUUCAUAUCCCUUUCCAUCGAUCUUUCUUGGUGCUGUAGUACCCAUUCCUGCUAGCUUGAUCUGGUGGCCAGGACUAUAUAUAAUAGUUUAUUGAGUGCUUCUUGGGUUGGUUCUCUUGAAGUGCAUAGCCCGGCCCCUUUUCUCUUUCUUCCAACGGAAAGGGUUCUCUUCUGGUAUGGAGUUCGACUAGAGCCUGCCGCUUUUCCAGGUUUGGGUGUGGGUGGAUCUCAUAUCUUAGAGGACAGGGCGGGGCUUAUUCCCAAGGUCAGGUCCCAUGCCGGUGGACUUGAAAUACGAAGAUCUUAAGCUAAGCUACGGGGCCGGGAAUAUACUCCAGGUUGGGAGAUCUGCCAUCGGGCAUGCAAGAAGCUAUGUGCGCAGGGCAUCAGAGGCUUACUCAAAUGGAACAUACGAAUCCAACCUUGCUUGACUCUCUUUUUCAUACUUGCCCUCGGGAUCAGUGGUAGAUUCGUAACGUUAUUACUCAUGGGUAGCAGAUGAUGGAUCCAUUUCUGUUGAAGCAGUGGAGUGAAGAGGAGGGUUGGGUCCCGCCUCACAACGAGCCCGGGUAGAUAGAUAGGUAGAUAGUAGAUAGCAGUCCGGAUAGUGAUAAAAUCUGAAAUAAUCUUCUUCUUGAUUGAAAGAAAGCCUGUGCCGGAAAUAGAGAGAGUUCUGCUCUUGGUUGACAUAGAUCGCUCUACUCUCGAAUUGACAUACAUAGAGUUGAAAACAUACUCCUCACAAAUGAUCAUAGUUCACUACUAAUGAGCUGAGCGAGUAACUACUAACGAGCGAGUAACGACUAAUGUUACGAGCAUAUUGACGAGCAAAAAGACGAAUCUACUUGGUUCAUAUCAUAUGUUCCGCUCCGUUGACAGGUUCAUAUAUGUACCUGAUGUUCAUGGAAACAACAGGAUGAUAAUCCGUUGAUGGGAAACUCACUUUGCUAUGCUAGGAAACUGACUAAUGAAACUAACAAGUUCAAGUGCUCUAGUCAAGUAGUAAGCUCCAGUGGGAAGCGCUAGUCCAGAUAGAAAGAAUAGACAGGAGGAUUGCCAGGUUGGUUCCGCACAGGUGCAUAUCUGUAGCACGGGAUUCCAGAUCGUUGGUACCCGAUGUUCAGUUCAUGGGAAUGGGAAUGUAGGAAACUCUCUCUUCCGUCCGGAACAUAUAGAUAGAUUGAUUGCUGUAGCAGCAAGUCAACUAGAUCCAGUGAGGAAUGAGAACCUUUCCGGGGGCAAGGGGGGGCGAAGCUACUAGCUACUAUUACUAUUGGCUAUGGAUGUCCUAACACGAACGGAGUCUAUACGAGCAGAGGAAAGCGAAGCGUAUUGGUUGGUUCGGAUUUCAGCUGGUUCUAUUCUAAUCUAACUAGACUCGCAUCAUAAGUUUGCCUGCUUUCAAAUCCCGCGAAAGUACUAGUACUAGUACUACUGGCAGCUCCUAUAUGAGGUUGAUGCCACGAAGAUUAUCAUAUCUACAUGAAAGGAAAGGAAAAUGAAUGUGAUGCACACUAGAAAAGAUACCAAGCAAGAGGAUGUGCGCAACGUCGCGCUCGAAAGUCUUGUCUAUGAAACCAAACCAACCCUAGUUCCGUGAGGAGGAAGACUCUCUUCGGUCGAGGGAUGGAUGGACUAGUGCCGUAAGGAUGAGUGAUGCUAGAGGGAAGUAGAUCAAUAGGUGCCGCUUGCUUACUACAGUGACAAGGAAAUCAAACAAAGUAGUGGCCAGUCUCAAGAAUGGGUGAGUCAAGUAAACUUGCCAGUAUGCCGGGAAGCCGGUAAUGCGAGGGUAUCUCCAGUCGAAAGGAUGCCGGAUCCAACUAAUACGGCUACGCUUGAGGUGAGGAAGAAGAGUGCUCCUACUCCUACUUCAGCUUCUAAGAAUAGGCCGGCCCGGUGCUAACUCCACCUUCCGGACUGCCCUUCAUCGGCACGAAAGUAAGAUUGGACAUGAUAGACGGAAGCAGAAUCGAGGCAGUAUCAGUUUCCAGGUUUCGAGGAAGGAAAUGAAAUGUCCGCGGGGCUCUCUUAUCUUCUUAAAGGAUGAGUGUGUAUACAACCAACCUAUAAUACGUAUUUUCGAGGUUCCUAUGCUAUGGUAUCCAGGUUCCCGUCAGGGAAGGGAUAGGGUGCCGUGUUUUCCACAGAACAGUCUGGUGGAAUCCAGUGGUAUAUAGAAGCUCUGUGCCCUUCUCUUUCUCCUGCAGCAAUAUGAACUCAAAGGGAUCCUUUCCUACCCGGGACAGCUUCAUAGCUCCUACCUUGACUCUUGAUUUGCGCAAGAGUGCUCGUCAGUGAUCUCCAUUCACAAAAGUGGAAAGGAAUGUUCCAUUGCCACGAACAAUAUGGGCUUUCUCAUGGAUUCCCCUUUUUCUUCUACACAUUAUACUAAUAUAAUUGGAUUGGGAAUUCGCAGGAAUGGGUAUUGAGAGGAGGAUCACCAUGGCCAAAACAGCUCUUGUCAGCGACAAACUCUAUGAUUUGCCAAUUCCAAUCGAUUUGCAUAUCAGCAAGCAGGGAUGAGCACAUCUGGAAACCUUGACUUCCUCUGGAUGCGGACCAAUAUAUGCAUAAACCUUCGUUGGCUGGGUUCUCGUUUCUCAUCGAGAGUGUUGAGACUAUCUUUCAAGGAAGCUUCCCAGCAUGACCUUUCCCUGAAUUGGCGUAUAGUGAGGUGAGUAUCCGGGUAUCAUGACAACUCCAGUCAAGCACUGGGCAAUACCGGCACUUAGAUGGAUUAGAUGACUUUUGAUGAUCUGCCUUUACUCGCGGGCACUGGCCACUUACAGAACCUAUACAUUUCCAAAUAGGAGAUGAGAGAGCCCUUGAUCCGGCGCAUGACUCUCACGAAUGAGAAGCUCAAUAGCCAUCUAUCUAGAGAAGGAACUAAUGCCACUGAUAGGAAAUCCAUAGACCGUACGCCCACUUACCACUCUACCACUUCAAUUCCAUGACGGACUUCACCGAUACCUAGCUUGAGAGAGAUCGAUCACUGGCAUGUGGCGUAUAUUUCCGAGAGAAAGAGGACUUAAAUUCACCUUUACCCCUUCUAUCACUAGAAGUAAAGUUCGAUGAGCUCUUAACGGAGCUAUGCCUACUUAAGUAUAAGUGUGUGUGCUAUGGAAUAGUGCCGAGAAUAGGUGUCUUUCACAUGGAGUGCGCCGGGAAUAGGUGUCUUCUUAGAGGUGCCGUGACUGUGGGGUGCCGGGCCGGGCCUAUCCUCUAUUUACGAGAAUUUAGGAGCAGGAAAUAAUAUAGCUAGUGAUUAUCCAGAUCUAGAUGAGUAACCUUGGGAAGGUCUCCGCUUUCUCUUUAUGUGGGCCUAUUCUAUCACGCACGACUAGAAUGCGACGAGCAGACUUCAACCGGCAAGCAAGCAAAUACUUCUCUUCUUAAACCGGUCUUAGUAUUUAGUAUAAGGGAGGCAGGUCAGAGAGUUGGGAGCUAAGGGCGUAUGGUCGAGAAUGAAUGGGUCGAGUUGAAUGCCUUGCCAUUUCCGUAUUGAUCUGCGUGUGUCACAUGGAUUUUCUCAUUGAAUUCAUAGCCGGCGGAUGCGAGACACACCUCUUUCCCAAGAUGCCUCAGCAAUAUAUCAGAUAUGGGCUUCCUUUUUCUUUGCUAUUGCUAUGGGAAUUCAUACUUUGAUUAGCUUAGAACCGACUCUUCUAUUCCGUAUAAUCUAUCCUUGCUAUAUAGGAUUUUAUGCUCAGUCAUUUCAUUCAUUCUAUCGAGGGUGCGGAAGUCCUGCAAAUAGCGGAUCAACUCUCUUCGAAGGAUAGAUCCGAUGAGUAUGUGAAUUGGUUCGUGGAUCGUAGUCAAACAAGUCUUUAUGCCAAUGGGAAAACGGAAUUGUCCAUAAGAAAGGACCAGAAAAUGCACAUUGAGAAUUCGGAGAUUUCCUUAAUUUCGAAUCAUUGUGUCCACUUUGGGAAAGAUAAAUUCGCAAACAGGUACUGAUCCAUUUGGUUAGCUGGAUAGGAGCCGCACACGAUCAUCCUGUGAAAUAUUCUAGAAAUAACUGGACCACCAUACAAGAUUUUAUGCAGAGUCCGCCAAAGUCAAAAGACAGUAGGAAACCCCGGAAAUCAAAAGGUCUCACUAGAGAUUCCCACAAACAAAAGAGAGAUUAGGAAGACCGCUCCUUUGCGAACUUGGAUGGCAUGGCAUUUUCAGCAAUCUGUUUUGUGGAUGAUAUCCUUCCAUACCAGGAGGAUCUGCUGGAGAAUCAAGGGUCCAUUCCAAUAGACAUAGUGCAAGAGAAGAGAAUUGGGUGACUUGAAUAUGCAGCAAUUUGCCCGGCUAUGGAUAGGCAGGCAUUCCUUUCUAUGGGCCACCCACUGCUCCUAAUCAAUAAAUUGCUUUAGGACAAGAGUCAUGUGUGACCAGAUUGGAAACCGAAUUCCAUUCCUGAUGAGAAGAGAAACUAUCUGAUAUUCCUCCUAUUCCGGAAGGUUUUCUAGCCACCUGCUUAGAGAUUUGACGGACUACCAAUCCAAAUAGCAGUCAAGAAAGAAUCCAAGUUGCAGUCAAGAUAGAUGGAAUGGACUAGGGCGCAAGGAAAGAGAUCCAGAACGAGACCGAUCAUUCAUUCCCUCUUUCUCUGGCCAAGCUAUUCAACUGUCGACUAUUCUCACUCCCCUGCCCCUGCUAGACUCAACUCACACAUAUCGACUCCACUGGAGAACCUGGGACCGGCACACUCAGUUGAGAUGAAGUCUGUUGACUGCCGUUGAUUCUCUAUGUGCUCAGGUGCUUCAAGGGCGCGACUACCCGAAUAGAGAUUGUCUAAGGGCAAAGCAAAGGUUCCGCCUCAGGCUUCGAUCACAUGGAGGAGGGUGUUUGUGCUGCAAGGGAAACUCUUUUGGCGGGUCUGAUCUGGCGCAUUGGAGAUGGUUUAAGCACAGCAAGUUUGGGUGGACUACUGGAUCCCAAGGUUCGAAGAGAGAGAAAUUCCCUAAUCGGCCUAACUCGAUUGUGAGGGAUCUACGGAAAGCUGAUGGGAAGUCAUGGGAUGAGCAAGUAGUGCGGAAUGUGUGUCUUCGUUGUGAUGCCGACGAUAUCCUUAAGAUAGAUUCUUCUACCGCGGGGGAAGCUCCAAGGACUUAAGUAAGCCAACUUCAUCCGGUAUUGAGGAGUCCGUCCCCCAAUUUCCCACGCCUCUUCGUUCUCCCCAUUUAGCUAAGUUAUGAGUUCGCAAAAAAGAAAUCUGAUUCUAGAUCGGGUUGGAGUCGAGUUGCCAACUAAAGGCCCAGUCAAAAUAACCUACUGGGUUGAAGCUACUGGUAUAAGACCCGGCCUCUCUACUUGGACUAUCCUAUACGUUACCCGCUUUAAAGUGCCAGUCUUCUCAUCUCGAUAACCAAUCCAGGUAAGAUUAGAUCCAUGCUUAUACGAACUCAAGAAAGUAGCCCUUGCCCUGAACCAGAAUCAAAGCAAACUCAAUCCUCACAACUUAAAGGAGAAACUAGGAAAUAGAGCUAGAUAGGCUCUAUACACGCUCGAAAAAUCAUAGUAAAAUAUAGAAGUGAUGAAUGCUGUGAAUAUUCCUUUCUUCUCCGUAAAAUUGAGUCUAUCAAUCAGUCCUUUUCUGAACUGAUUUCUAUAGCCCUGCUUCCCUCCCGCAAUCGGAGUGAAACUACCAUAAAAUAAAAGGUUUGUCUGGAAAAGAAAUAGUGCCACUGGCAGCCACUAUAUGAGUGAGAUAGACUUGAUUCUUUCUCUGGCUGUAGAAUUGACAUAGAACUAGUUUUUCUUCCCAAGGCCCAAUUCUUAAUGAUUGAGGAAAUGCACGCUCACAUAAUGGGAAAAUCACGUAUAAUCCUUACGAGAAAUCUCCUACUUUCCUGGAAGUGCGCCAGUUCGAGAAAUAUCGUUGAUAGAAUGAAUGCUCUUACGCGCUAAUGAAUGAUGACUUAUUUAAAGAAUUUCUUGAUAUCUUGCAGAAUGGUUUUCAUGCUAAUCUGAAUGAAUUUCAACUUAUGCGCUAAGAGAGACUCUGGUGGAAUCAAACCAGUCUCUUGGGAAAAUAAAAUAGAUGGCCAAUGAGGUGGAGACAAACUUAGAAAUGGAUGGAUCUCUUUGUCAGCUUCUUGUUUGAGAAAAAGAGUAGUGACUCGCUGGAUUGAGAUUUCUAGGAAAAAGAGUUGCGAACGAAAUCCUACACUCCCUGUAGGUGGGGCUGGGCGAGAAAGGGUCCCCUCUGAAGCCUAUAAGUUAGUAAGCAGGCCAAAUAUUCCACCGGGGUCUUUCUUAGCAAACUCAUUGAUGGCAGUACCUAACUAAAGAAGAAUAGCGCUCUUUCUUUCUUUCAAUUACGUUUCUUGAAUGGUUCUGCACUUAGAUCAGUCAGUACACACGAAACCCUUUAAUCAAGUGAGUGCCACUUUAACUCAGCUCUUUCCUAGUGAUCUUGAUUGUCCCUAGAAGCAUCUCUUAUUUUCAUAUAGAAAUUCCAUGGUUUUGUGGUCGACUGCACAGUUGAGAGAGAAGUGCUAUUGAUUUAAAGAAAUCCUCUUCUAGAUCGGGUUGGAGUCGAGUUGCCAACUAAAUGAGAUCACAGUAGGUUAGCCUCUGCAGUCGAAACUAUCUAUGCGUGCGAUAAAGUAAAGUAAAGUCGGUCAAUCGAUUAAACUAUUUCUGUAUAGGGGCAGCCGGGCCGUAUUAGCAAGCGUGACGUGCCGGACUGACCCAGCACGUCUUUCUUUCCUGGCAACAGAAGAUGCACAAAGUGGUUUCAGUAGCACUACCGAGUUCGCAUCAGCGAUUUUAUCACCAAACAAGCAACGGAUUGAGCAACUAGCGCUAGGCGCAUCCUCUUGCUUGGAAUCAAUGGGUUUUGUCAAUGAAUUAAUCUAAUCUACCGGCAUCGGAGGGAGCUGGAGGAAAUAACACUUUUUGAUGGACGGGAGCGGGAGGGAGUCAAUUACAGAAAGAGUAGAGACGGAUAUGGGGACUGUAGCUCCGACCAUGUCAACUAUGAUGCUCUCGCUGCUGCCAGUCCUUUCACCAGUGAAUGCUGUCAUGCGCUACUUCCCGAACCUCCGUGUCUAGGUCCUGCCGAAAAAGACUGCAAAUGAUUUACCAUCCAUCCCACUCAUAUAGGUACGUUAUCGGAUUUUUCGGAUCGGGAAAUGGAUCGAACCGCGCGAAAUGGUCGCCUCGGAAUACAGUACAGGGCGCAACGGAACCAAGGUUCUUUGUUGGCGUGUUGCGUAACAAGGGCAAGAGGGGGUGGAAGCGUUCGCCGACUUUGAUAGGCAACGCAUUGCAAGCAAAUAGAGCAGAGAGCUGACCCUUAGUUUCUAUUAGAGUCGCGAGCUUGUUGUAGUCGGUCCUAAAGGGAAAACCUUGCAGCUUACUUGCUAUAUCCCCGCGUCCUUGCACGGCUCGUUUUCUUCGAGCCCUGCUUCUCCCUUCCCCCUCUCCCCAGGAACCGACCGUUUGGAGUAUAGCCAAGUGGUAAGGCAUCGGUUUUUGGUACCGGCAUGCAAAGGUUCGAAUCCUUUUACUCCAGAGCAUACUUACUUAUUCUAGUUCUAGAAAAAAAAAGAAAGUAUCAUCCCUAAAUGAAAGUAGAUUUACAUUCUUAUUCUAUUUCUAGGGGGAAUGUUGAGGCAAACUUACGAUGCUGACAAGCUGGUUAGGUGCCGAGUUGGAUUAGACAUCGCAGGUUUCAGUUUAAGAAUUGGGAAGAGGUUAAGAACCUAGUGGAAUCCACUGCGAGGGGAAGAUUAGGGUAGAUGAGUACCGAGCGGAAGAAGAAACCUAUCACGGCUAAUUCCGUGGUUCAAGAUGUGGUUUCCUGUGCGUACCUUGAGCUGCUGGAGGAAGAGGACGGGUGGGAUGCCUGUAGAGAAGUGCGGUCAGAAACCAAACCCAUUGACUUCUUAUUGUUCUUUAGGGUGAAGUCAGAUUCGUAAAACAAGGCAGCAGAUAAGCUAAGGCGAUACAUAACUCUCCUCAGUUUAGAAGACGAUAUCUUUCCCCCUUAAACCUCAAGGAAGAGAAGGGCUAAGCAUAUACCAGUGUUUUCCCAACGGCACGAAGCGAAUCUUGCAAGCCCUACGCCUAGAUUGAUAUUCACAAGAACUACUACGUACGGUAUUCACAAGAACAAUAAGUUGAGAGGAGGAGCAAUAAAACAGGACGAAAGCAGUGGGAAGAAAGCGAUGCCCGGGCGAUGGUAGUACGAAAAGCUCGACUCCUUUGGAUUCCGGAUUAGAAGUAGC